ACAUGAAACAUUGCAACCCUCUUGUUUAGAACGUUUGUGACGUGGGAUUUAUUUUUUCCUAUUUUCUACCAAAAAUUAUUAAAUUAAUUAAAUAAUGUACGGUGCGUAGAGUAAUGGAGGAAAGGCUCAAGUAUUCCCUGUUGCGAGAUGCGACUGACAAUCAGAACAUCUGGUCCAGGCAGGAGAAGCGACUGUGGUUCUGUACGCUCAUCCUGGGCACGACAACACUCUACUCCACACGGACCACGAUGCCACUGCUGGUGCCCGCUGUGGCGGCUGAGAGGAAGUGGAAUAAGACAGAUUCCGGCACGAUCUUGAGCUCCUUCUUCUGGGGCUACACCCUCACGCAGGUCCUGGGCGGGUAUUUCAGUGAUCGCAUUGGGGGGCAGAGGGUGAUGCUGGCUGCUGCCAUUGGGUGGUCCCUCAUCACCUUCUGGAUGCCCAAUUUCAUCCUCAUGGCCCCCAAAUCGCUCUCAUGGGGCAUCCCAUUCAUUGUGGUUGUGCGGAUUAUCAAUGGAGCCUGCCAGGGCGUGCACUUCCCCAGCAUGAUCAGUAUAACUAGUCAGAAUUUGUGUGCCAAUGAGAGAGCCAGCUUCUUCAGCAUGCUGACAUGCGGAUCGGCCUUCGGGACACUCCUCACGGGCACAGUGGGCUCCAUAAUCUUGGAUUACUUUGGCUGGCCGGCGGUGUUUCGUGUGAUUGGCUUCCUGGGGCUCGUGUGGACGCUCUGCUUGCGCUACUACACAAUGUCCUGGGAUAAGAAUCGCGUGGUUAACGUCCAAUGCCCCAAACUCGUCCAUCACGAAGCAUCCGUGCCGUGGCUGCGUUUCCUCCGGUGCUCCUCCCUCUGGGCCUGCGUCAUUGCACACGCGUGCGAGAUGAAUUGCUUCUUCGUGUUGCUCUCGUGGCUGCCAACCUACUUCCACGACACCUUCCCCACGGCCAAGGGAUGGGUGGUUAAUAUGAUCCCCUGGCUGGCACUGCCCCCGUGCACGAUUCUCGGGAAAAUCCUCACAGAUUGGCUCGUGGCACGCAAAUGGUCACUCACAGCUGUGCGGAAGAUUGUCCAGAGUGUGUGCUUCCUGAGUCAGAACAUCGCUCUGGCAUUCCUCUGCCAUGCCACGGAUUUCAGCACUGCCCUCGCAUGCAUGACCAUCAUCAUUGGGGGUUCGGGAUUCCACAAUAAUGGGGUCACAGUGAACCCCCAGGAUCUCUCCCCAACGUACUCUGGCAGUGUUUUCGGGCUAAUGAACACUAUGGGUGCUGUUCCGGGUUUUCUGGGCGUCUACCUGGCCGGAUAUAUCUUGGAGUUGACGCAGAGUUGGACGGUUGUCUUCAGUACGUCCAUCGCCUUUAAUCUCUUCGGCUGGAUCGUCUUUACGCUCUUUGGGUCAGCCGAUGUGAUUCAAUAGCAUUCCUCAGACUGUGGGGAUUUCUACUGAAAGGAUGCACUUCCUGCUCCUGCAAGGAAACUUUCGGAUGCACAGAUGCGUGGAGAGCUGGGUGAGUUUGAAUCGAAUUUAAAUCCGGAACUCUUGGAGAGAUUCCUAAAGAUGCUCAAUAAUCCUUUUUGUUACCCAGUAAACAAAAUAUAGAGCCAAUAAAAGCACAAUCAUGGUUGAAUCAAAAAUAUUUGAGCAAUAAUUGAUAAACAAUUGAACCAUUCAAUCGAUUAAUCAAUUAUUGGUCAAUAUUUCGUCAAUCUCCCGUCAAUUCUGAUUGCUCAAUACUUGAUCAUCUAUGCGGACCAAUCAUAGAUUGACCAAUUAUUGUUCUUCAAUUUUCUAUCAAUCAGUUUGUCAAUUUAUGCUCAAUUAUUCAUCAAUCAAUAUUGAUAGUAUCUGUAUUGAAUCAAUUUUAACUCAAUAUUCACACUAAAAAUAAUUUUAAUUAAUUUUCUGGUAAAUUCACUGUCAAGGGGAUGGUACAACCUAAUUUUCAGUGAAGAAAAGUCACUUUUUGUUGAACAAAAUGUAUGAGGAAUUCUCGAAUCUCGAUCAAUCUCGACCGAUUCCCGAGAACACUUUAACUUUUUUUUAUAUUAAUAAGUUAUUUCGAUAAUGAGAUAGGGAUCAAUCGAGAGCUAAUUAAAUGUACUUUCGAUUGCAAGUGGAAUUGUGCAAAUUGAUCCCUUCUUUUGAUCGGAAGAAACCGCUGCCUCACGAAAAGGACUGAUUUCUCGGGGUUGGGCAUCCCCCUGUUCACUGUAAAUGUACCGGAAACCGUUGCAACUGCCACCAAACGAGAUUAUUUAUGUUCUGUGGUCUGGGAAAACUUGAGAAAAACCCGGAAAAAUAUCCCAAUCCGGUCAAUAUACAUACUGCCUGAAAUAGAAAAAGAAACUGACGAUAUUCAAAAAUAGAUAAAAAUUCACCACAGAAGAAGGCGAGAUGAUUCGCUGGAAGCUAUGGUAAAAAUUGCGUUUUUCUCGGAUUGACACGCACCCUUGACGCCCCGGAGGGAGCACCCCAGCUCCUACCAAAGAAAAAACUAACGUAAAUGUACAUUUGCGGGAAAAUUUCUCUUUUUUAAACAUAAAACCAACAAAUUUCCUAAAGAAUAGUAAAA